AUGUCCGAUGUUUCCUGGAUUUCUGACCUCGACGAGAUCGCCGUUGAUAUCGACUUGGAACCCCAUCCGGUCCACAACGACCCACAGGCAGAGAUCAUCAUCAUCUCCUCCACUGAUUAUGUCAAAUUUCGUGCUUCUAGAUAUCACUUGCUCUUUGAAGAUCUACUAGACACUGCUCGAACUGUAAAUAUCAGUCUCAAAGAAAUCGAAGAACCCAUCCAUCUCAAUUUCCCUUCCUCUACGAUAUCACUCUUCCUCGAUCUGGCCGGAGUGUGCGAUCCCUACGUUCCCGACGUCUCCAUCACCAAAGCUCGAUCACUCCUUGACUUCGUAGAAUACACCAUGUGCGAUCGCCUCAUCGAUAUAGCAAGGUCCACAUUAAUGCACGCUGCUAAAGAUGAACCGUUCGAACUGCUCGUCAUAGCUUCGGAACGUGAUGAUCUGGAAUUGGCCAUACAUGCUCUGAGAAAUAUCACUACCAGCGCAUUCGAAGAUGAGUAUAAAGAAGGUCGAAGUUUCCGAGUUGGAACUGUUUAUAACAUCGAUUCAAUCAAAAAGUAUCUUCUUCGGCUCACCCCAUCUUAUCACCUGGCCAUCCUUCAUUCGAUUAUGUAUAUGGGUGAGAUACAGUCUAUCGACCACGACAGCCUAUGGCUCAAUUCGAGACCUGCAAUAUUGUCGACGGACAACUGGUCUAGCAUCGCAGAUACUUUCAACCCUCUUCACUUCUGCAAAGCUUAG